AUUCUCUACACAGUGCUUUAAUCACCUCCACAUUCCUCUUCUCCUUUGGGUGUGUUCUUUGGAGACAGAAUAAUGGAGAAGAACAAGGCCGUGUUUGUUUGUUUUCUAAUAUCCCUGUCGGUGAUCGCCAAUUCAAACGCCGGCGAAGAUUUUGAUGUUCGCAAACACCUCUCUACUGUAUCCAGAUAUGGUGUUGUCAAAGAUAUUGCUGACAAUUCGUUUGUAGCUUCGAAUGUUCCAGAAGGAUGUACUCCCAUCCACCUGAAUCUUGUGGCAAGACAUGGAACGCGCUCACCAACCAAAAAAAGAAUGAGAGAGUUAGACAGGUUGGCAGCUCAUCUCGAAGUACUUUUGAGAGAUGUGGAGGUACAAAAUUUGUCUUUGCAAGAAGUUCCUUCCUGGUUGUGGGGUUGGAAAUCUCCUUGGAAAGAAAAAGUGAAGGGUGGAGAAUUAAUCAGUAAAGGAGAGAAGGAACUAUAUGAUUUUGGAAUCAGGACUAGAGAAAAGUUUCCAAAUUUGUUUGAUGAGGAUUACCACCCUGAUGUUUACCCAAUAAGGACAAGUCAAGUUCCUCGAGCAUCAGCUAGCGCUGUGGCUUUUGGAAUGGGGCUAUUCAGUGCGAGAGGAAGUCUUGGACCUGGGCGUCAUCGAGCGUUUGCUGUAACUAGUGAAAGCCGUGCAAGUGAUAUAAUGCUACGUUUUCAUGACUGUUGCCAGAACUACAAGGCCUUCAGGAAAAGUCAAGAGCCUUUUGUUGAUGAACUUAAGGAACCAAUUCUUGACAAGAUCACCUCUGCUUUGGUCGGACGCUACAAGUUGAAUUUUACAAGGCAGGAUACAUCUUCUCUUUGGUUACUGUGCAAACAGGAAGCAUCUUUAUUGGAUAUAACUGACCAAGCUUGUGGUCUUUUUACCCCUUCAGAGGUUGAGAUGCUUGAGUGGACAGAUGACUUGGAAAUGUUUAUAUUGAAGGGUUAUGGCAAUUCAUUGAAUUAUCGCAUGGGAGUGCCAUUACUUGAAGAUGUUGUGCGAUCUGUGGAGCGGGCUAUCCAAGCUAAGGAAGAAAAACACACUCCUGGAAGUUAUGAAAAGGCAAUACUAAGGUUCGGACAUGCAGAGACUGUGGUUCCAUUCUCUUGUCUUCUUGGACUUUUCCUUGAAGGAUCUGAAUUUCAGCAAAUACAGAAGGAAGAACCCUUGGAAUUCCCUCCAAAGCCUCCACAAAGGAGAAACUGGAGGGGCAGUGUUGUGGCGCCUUUUGCUGGUAACAACAUGCUUGUGUUGCACAGCUGUCCAGCGAAUACUUCAAGCAAGUAUUUUCUGCAAGUCUUGCAUAACGAACAACCCAUUCCGUUGCCUGGUUGUGGUGGUUCUGAUUUCUGUCCAUUUGAAGUUUUUAAGGAAACAAUUGUCGCUCCUCAUUUGAAGCAUAAUUUUAUCACACUUUGCACUGUGAAGCUGGAUAAACAGGAGCCUAAUCUUGCAACGAUUAAGUUUUCUCAACUUGUCCGUUGGCUUCUUUCCUUCUUCUUACCGGGGAAGGAUGAUACAAGGUCGGGCAAAGAUGACUUAUAGUGUGUUUUUCAAGACUUCAAGUAAGGAAGGAAUAAUCUCACAUCCGUUUUCCUUAUUGGCUUCGACUUUCAUGGUUUUCAGCCACGAGGCCCACGUCCAGCUCCUCUUGCUAAUGUACAUUUUUCAUCAAUACAGUUGCUAACACAUAACCUGCUUUAGCGCUCGGCUGAGAUCUUUGGUACAAUCCUGUUUGUCCCGUUCACCUUGCAGUCUUGCUUUUAACACUGUUUUAGUUGUUGUAGUACAUUGGUUAUAUUAUCUAGCUUGAUCUUCCUA